UUAUUAUUAUUAUUAUUAAUUUUCUGGUGUGAAUUAUUAUUUAAUUAUCACGUGAGAGUGAUACCAAGAUAUAAAUAUCAUUCAUAAUUAUUUUAUCGAAGAGUGCUACUUAUCUUCAUUAUUUGAGUAUAGGAUAAUAUUGUUUUGUAAAGAGCGUAACAUUCGCCAGUGGAACUGACUGGGAAUCCUUACUGGGAAUAAUUUAAAUUCCUAAUGAGAGUAUUUUAGUUAACAAUUUCUAUGGUCACAUGCGAGUAAUGAAAUAAUUUAUAAUUGUUCCAGUAUUAUACUUUGAUCGAAAGGCCUACAAUCGGUUAAAAAAAAUCGACAGUCGAAACGAAAACAUCGAUUGUUCGAUUAAUCGAUUUCGAUUGGGCAUCACUACUAGUGGCUUCUAUGUAAGAUAGUAAUGAGAAAAAUUAGAUCUAUUCAAAUUCAUUAUACAGAUAUUAUUAUAAACAGUAAGUACUGGUGAAAAUAAUAUUUGGAUACAUUAUAAAAUGAAUUUCAAUGAAAAUUCCACAAAAAAAGAUUCAAAAGUGAAACGGAAAAUUUAUAAAGAAUACAGUUACUUCAGUAGCAGUUCAACGAUACCAUUAAGGACCAAGCAACAUUGGGCAGCAAAAAGAAAAAACUGUUGUGAAAGUGAUGAUCUUUGUGAUACUCCCGUAUCUACUGCAUCACCAAAUUGGAGCUUAAAAGAGUUCUCCGAUAAUGGUGUGAUUCAUGAAAUUAAAAUAAGUAAUGUAUGUAUUGACAGUGCUCCAAAUUGUAUCACUGUACUCAAUGACAACGAAGAGACUACUAAUGUUAAUGAAACAGCAUUUCAAUUAAAUGCUAAUUUACUUGAAGAACACAGUUUGCCUGUAAGUCAAUAUUUACCACUUCAUUUUUCGACGGGACCAAGCUGCAGUACAAAUAUCGUUGAUAACAGGUCAUAUUCUAUUGAUGAUUUGAUUGUCACAUUGACUUGUUUGUCUAUAAAAUUACGUCAUAAAUUGACAUAUACUGAAGAUCUUGCCCGCGGAAUGUCAAUUUUAAAUGAUUCAGUGGUCGUUAAAGCAUCCAAGUAUCAUUGGAAAAAUAUUGUAAAUACUUUCUCUGAUCCAGUUACAAUCCACCAUCUUUGUCUGGACUGUAGUUUAUAAUUGGGAGAGCAAAAAAACAAAAAAGACUUUAACAUAAAUGAAGAUAACUGAAAAUAAAUAUGAUACAAUUCAUUGUGAUAACUGUGAUAAAGA